AAACAUAAAUAAGAUGGCAAAAGGAGCAACAAAAGGAAACAAGGGAGCCAAGAAGGCUGGAACACCAAAAGCUACAAAGAAUGUUAAGAAAGUCACUAAAAAGACCACUGAUGCAACUCCAGCACCAGCCCCAGUGACAACAACACCAGUUGCACCAACCACCUCAACACCAGUUGCUGCAUCCACCCCCAAAAAAUAAGGAAAGCAAGCAACAAAAACAAAGAAAGCUACUAAAAAAGCCACAAAGAAGGCUCCCAAGAAGGAUAGCAAGAAACAAGCCAAGAAAUGAUUAGUUAUUCAAGAAUUAAUCUAUUAAUUAGAUAUCAUUAUU